AGAGCUGCUUUCUUGUGCUCCUUCUGGGAGCCGCAGAUCUCAGGGCUGGGCAGCGUCCUGUACACCUGGCCAAGCCCCCCGGGGGGCCACGAGCUGGGUGGUGUGGCUGGGAACUUGCUGGUCUCCAGGGAGAGUGAAGGCUGACAUCUGUCUUGGGUCGUCCCUGGCCCCACGUUGGUCCUGCAGGCUCCUGCCACGCCCUCCUGUCUGCAGUGUUUCUGCAAUCUCCCAGGACGCCCUGUGUGUGCUCUGCUUCCCUGGCUGGGGCUAGCCCCUUUAUGGCCUUUGGUCUGUGAACUGAGCUGAGCUUUCCGUAGCUUCUUUUGCAGAACUUGGAGGCCUCCUGGGCAGUGCGUCCUGGAGAACAGGACUGGGGAAAUGGGUGAUAGCAACUUUUCUGCAGGUGAAGGGACUCCACGUGCCCACAUGGGUUUUUGCUGAGAAGACCUUGCUACCGUGCAGGUCAGCUGUGGUGCCUCUUCCAGGUUGGGGUUUUUUGUUCCAGGUUCCCCCAGACCCCAGGUUGAGCACCAGUGGGGGCUCAGAAAGCUGUCAGAGAAGAGGCUGUGUGAUCCUGAGAGACUGUCCUACCGACCACAGCUGGCCUGAGCCCUCGGGACGUUCCCACGGCCGGGAUAACUCCCAAUUCAGAGGCCAGCUCUGGCCCGGCCCACGGGGGUGGGGAAUCCGGUGUAGACCAGCGUGUUGAGGUUUGGGUAGUCUUCCAGGCAUGGGGCCCUGAGUGCUCGGUCUGCUUUUAAAAACAGGCUCCCGGGAUGAGGAGGCCCUGGGCUACAGGCUGUGUGUCUUGCCUGUGUCCUUUGGGGAGCGGCCAGGUCGGCCCUCCAGCCUGUUUACGUUCCCUGAUCAGGACUGUCUUGUGGUCAGCUAGCUCUUCCUCAGAAAAUUACAUUGAAAGGGAAGUGCCAGAGUGUCGGCCGACCCAUAGGAUGCCAUGAUGGGUCCUGAUCCCGGGUGCUUGUUGCUGUGGCUCAUGGCUCAUCUGGAAUAACCUUGACCUGGGGAUCGCUGUCCAACGUGGCUGCAGGAGCUGGUGCUGUAGCUGGUGGCUGUCCCCUCCUGAUGGUGCUGUGUCUUGUGCUACUUGUUAAGAGACUCGAGUCUGGGCUGGAGCUAAGAGGGUGGUGGCCAUGGGGGCCUAGGGUUUGCUCGUAUCAAGGCUUCUGGAGUGGAUGCCCUCGCGAAGCUGCCCCAGGGUCCACACAGUGUUUUCAUUCCCCUUUGCUUCCCUUGUUCUUUAUUUCAUAUCCAGCCCCUGGUUUCUUUUCUCUUCCGAAGGCCCCGAACCUCUGAUUUUUGUAGCCACACGUCUGAGAGCAUCUGAAAGUUCAACAUUCAUUCAUGGUUAAAACGUGAGCCAUGUUUACCUGUUUGGAGCGAGGUGUAGGGAGCUGCUUGGCCUGACUGCCUUUUGUACCAGAUCAAAUCAAGAUGUGUGGCUCAGCCAUUUCAGGGUGUCCUGUUGCUUCCUGACCAACCUUUUCUGCUUCUCUGCUUCAGCUGCCAUCUGAGCUGCUGACUGGCAUCUGUAUUUCUAGCGAUAGAAACCACUUUAAAAACCACAGGCUAACUACCCAGGUAUCCAUGUGGAUUUGUCUUGUCCCGUUUUUUGGAGCUGCCAUAACAAAUUAUCUCAAGCUGAUGGCUGAAAACAAUGUAUGGUCUAGGUCCUAGAAGCCAGAAUUCUCAAAUCAAGGUGUGGGCAGGGCCAUGCUCCCUCUGAAGGCUCUAGGGAAAGUUUGUUCCAGGCUCUCCCAGCUUCCGGCAGCCUCAGGCGGUCCUUGCCUCGUAGAGACCUACCAGUCUUUACAUUGUCUUCCAUUGGUGUCUAACAGACCACAUCUCCCCUUCCUAAGGAUGCCAGUCCCAUUGGAUUAGGGCCACCCCAAUGACCUCAUUUUAACUGGAUUACUUCUGUAAAGACCCUGUUUCCAAAGGUCACAUUCUGUGGUACUGGAGAUAAGACUUCAACAUCUUUUGGGGGGACGCAAUCCAAUCCAUAACACUAUCAGACACUUGCCUUCCCCAAACCUGUUCUGUAGAGUUCACUGACUUUAUUGAAUGCUGUCGGCACGUACUUGGUUUACCAAAUCAGGUCGUGGCUGUGCUGGGUGUCCUCCCCUUCAUCCUAAAUCUAACUGGCGCACAGACCCCUGCCCCUGGGGCUCAGACGUUGGCUCUUCUCCAUGCCUUCUGGCCACCUUCCCGUCCACCACCCGUGCUCGGGGCCCUGUGGCCGACCCUGUCUCCUUUCUCUGCUGUCCUGGCAGGCAGAUGUGCGCCCACCAAUGCGCCGCGCUUACUGCCCUAUGGGCAGCUCCUUGGGGUGGACAUGACCAGGGUGAGGGAGGGCAGCCCAGGCCCAGCCAUUUUGGGUCAGACCCUGGCCUCUGCUCCCUGGACGCCCAGGCCCUUUGCACACCCCACCUCCAUGCCCUGCUUUUCUCUGCUCCCCCUUCAGAGCCCAGCUCGCCCGUGACUGCUGGACGCUCGGCUGCCCCCUCCCAGGCGUCUCGCCGCCACGACAGGGGGCGCGCCGUGGCACGUGGGUCCAGUCGAGGUCCGCCGGCCGGCAGGGGGCGUGAGGUCUCGGGCUCACGCUGGCGUCCACGGGGGCCGGAAGUCCCUCCCCGGAAGGAGUCAUGGGGACGGCGGCGGAAGUGGGAGAAGUACCGCCCCUUGGGCUGUGCACCUUCUUGGCGCCGCAAGCCUGGCCACCCUGCUGACAGCCUGGCUUCCUCUCUUCUCCGCCGCCGCCCGCUGUCCGCCACCCCGGUCGCCGCCGCGUCCUUCUCCGAAUGCUGGGCGGCCGGCAGUCGCGUCCGCCUGUUGCAGGCGGUGGACACGGAGCACACCGUGGACUCCGUGGAGUGGUGCCCGCUGGAGGGCUGCAGGCACUUGCUGGCGUGCGGCACCUACCAGCUGCGGAAGCCGGAGGACCAGCCCGCCGACCCGGAGAGCAAGAGUGGACUGGAUGUUGAUGAGCCUCAAAUUCGUUUGGGUCGUCUCUACCUGUAUAGUUUCAAUGAGGACAGCUCUCCUUGUGCCCUGCUUGAGGUCCAAAGAAGAGAUACUUCGGCGAUCCUGGACAUGAAAUGGUGCCACGUUGCGGUGGCCGGCCAUGCACUCUUGGGAGUGGCAGAUGCUUCUGGGUCCAUAGAGCUACUCCGCUUGGUGCGAGCCGAGCAGAACUCUUACACACUGCAGCCGUUCUCCCGCUUUGCCCUGGGAAAGCAGUGUCUGGCCUUGUCCUUGGACUGGUCCACUGGGAAAGCCGGAAGAUUUCCCCACUGCUUCCCUGUGUCUAGGGCCAGUGACCAGCCCUUGAAGAUCAUUAGCAGCGACUCCAGCGGGCAGCUCCAUCUCCUGCAGGCGUACCAGGCAGGGCCGGGAAUGCAGGCUGUGGGCACGUGGCAGGCCCAUCACUUUGAGGCCUGGGCUGCUGCUUUCGAUUACUGGCAAACGGAAGUCGUGUAUUCAGGUGGGGACGAUGGCCUUCUGAAAGGCUGGGACACCAGGACCCCUGGCACGUCUGUGUUCACAAGCAGGAGACACUCCAUGGGCGUGUGCAGUAUCCAGAGUAGCCCCCAUCGCGAGAACAUCUUGGCCACGGGAAGCUACGACGAGCACGUUCUUCUCUGGGACACUCGGAGCAUGAAGCAGCCGUUGGCGGACAUGCCCAUGCAGGGCGGGGUGUGGAGACUCAAGUGGCACCCUUUCCACUACCACCUGCUCCUGGCAGCGUGUAUGCAUGGCGGCUUUACGAUCUUCAGCUGCCAAAAGGCAAUAGAGGAGAAUCAGGAAGCGUUCCCAGUCACUCCGUCCUACACCUUGCCCAGCUCGCUGGUGUAUGGAGCCGACUGGUCCUGGCUGUACUUCCGCCGCUUGCCGCAGACCCAUCCGUCAUUCUGCUUGGGGUCCUCUCCUGGCAGCGACCCAGGAGCCAAAACAGCGGACGCAGUCUAUACCCUGAAAGUUGCGGCCCAGUCGCCGGCACCCUGUUUUGAGCGUUUAGCUGAUGCUGAUGGAGAGGGUGGUACCAAACACCAGAGUGGAGGCAAGCUGAAGACUCCUCUCCAGCCCUUUGCAGAGGACAAGAACGGCAGCCAGCUGCAGGCCUCAGGGACCAAGAUCUGUGACUGUGACCACCAUCUGGAGGCAGCUCACUUUGACAUCAGUCUUCUAGCCACUUGCUCCUUUUAUGAUCAUGUUCUUCACCUCUGGGAGUGGGAGAAUAGCUGAGCUAGGGAAGUUACUUGGUUUGACAUCAUAAAGACCAUUUCCACCAAUAAAAGCAAGAGUAUGUCUUUA